GGAUCCAGCGUGGGAACAGGCGUUUAAUGACACACUGCUGCUGCGAACUUGGACCUCUUUUCUGGCCCGUCAUUUGUGCUGAAUAAGUCCGCAACAAUGACUCUCCGUGUGUUAGAAAUCAUCUUUUUCUUCUACUUCGCCUCUCACAUUCCCAUCACACUGUUUAUCGACUUACAGGCGCUGCUGCCUGGACAUGUGUACCCGCAGCCGCUGAAAGACUUAUUGAGGUGGUACGCGGAGGACUUCAGAGACCCCAUGGUGCUGGAUCCUCCUCACUGGUUCAAGUCUUUUAUAUUCUGCGAGGCUCUGCUUCAAACACCUUUCUUCCCCAUCGCAGCUUACGCUUUCCUAAAAGGCAGCUGUAAGUGGAUCCGAACUCCUGCCAUUAUAUAUUCCACACAUGUGGCCACCACACUGAUCCCGAUCCUGGCCCACAUCCUCUUCUACCAGUUUCCUGAGAAACCCCACCCUGGUCCCCGAACCCAGAAGGAGCGCUGGAUGCUGGUCUCCAUAUAUGCUCCGUACCUCGUGGUGCCUGUGCUGCUGCUCCUCACCAUGCUGCUGUCCUCGACGUACAGCUCCCCCGCCAAGUCUAGAAGCACGUCAUCCAAAUCCAAGAAGAAGAAGUGAAACACUUUGAGACCACUGCUAUCUGAUUUACUCUGAUUUUCUUCAUUUCUGAACAAGGCAGUUGUAUGUGACUCUUACUUUUAUGUGGGAGACUGUAUAACUUCAUACACUAUUAUCAGGGAGAAACAUUGUUAAACCAGCCAGAAUGAGCACUUUUAAUUUUGUUUUUCUUUUUAAAUUAAAUCCUUGUUUCUUGAGUA